AUGCCGAGUCUUAUGAAUAUACCAGCUGUGAAUACAACAGCCGACUCCUUUUCACUUGCCGGCAAGACUGCUAUCGUUACCGGUAGCGGCCGUAAGAACGGUAUUGGAGCAGCAACAGCAAGGGCAUUAGCCCGUAACGGCGCUUCCGUGGCUAUCCAUUACGUCUCCGAGAGCUCGGCUCAGGGGGCGUACGAGAUAGCCCAGUCGAUCCGGGAAGAGUACGGGGUCGACGUAGCAUGUGUACAAGGAGACAUAUCCACGCCAAAAGGGUCCCGGGGAAUCGUUGCCGGGACACUAGGACAACUCAAGGUGAACCAUAUUGACAUCCUUGUCAACAACGCAGGCUACGCCGUAUCCCAACUCCUGCGAGAAACCGACUUCGAGCUAUGCCAGCGCACCUUCGCCACCAACGUAUACGGCCAGCUAUUCAUGACCCAAGCGGUCGUCGACCAGGGCCGCAUGCCGCCAGGCGGCCGCAUCAUCAACAUCGGGAGCAUAGCGUCGAAGACGCACCCGCCGCAAGUCGGGCUGUACGCGGCUUCGAAAGCGGCGCAGGACAGCCUGACUACGUCGUGGGCUGGCGAGCUCGGCCGCACCCACGGCAUCACGGUGAACACGGUGGCCCCGGGCCCCGUCAUAACCGACAUGGCUAAGGACUCGCCCGAAAUCAUCGAGCCGAUGGUUCUGCUGCAGCGGGGCGCGGAACGCCGCGGUAUGCCGGGGGAUAUUGCCGAUGUGGUGCUGCUGCUUGCGUCGGAGAGGAGUCGGUGGGUGACGGGGCAGUUUAUCGCUGCUGAUGCCGGGAUCACGGGGAGUAGGUGA